AUGAGCGGAGGCGGAGGUGGAGGCUCGUCGCCGGUGGUGGUGGCGGCGAAGCGGGUCUGGCGCAAGAACGCUACGGGCGCAGCCGUGAGGUUGUCUCCGCAGGAGGAUCGUGGGAAUGCGAUCAAUGCGAUCAUGGACCUUGUCACGAAGGUCCCAGCUGGCUUAACUCCAGAUGAGGCCACAGAAAUGCGCAUGAGAGGACGUCAGUUACCACCAAUUUGCAAACUUGGGAAAAAUGGUGUUUAUGCCAACCUUGUGAAGCAAGUCAGAGAAGCAUUUGAAGCAUGUGAUCUUGUCCGUGUUGAUUGCUCAGGUCUUAACAAAAGUGAUUGCAGAAAAAUUGGAGCUAAACUAAAGGAUCUAGUGCCCUGUAUCUUACUGUCUUUUGAGUUUGAGCAUAUACUGAUGUGGAGAGGAAGUGAUUGGAAAUCAUCUCUUCCUCCAUUAGAAGAAAAUAGUUUUGAAGUGACAAAGGCGCAAGAAAGUUUUAGUGGCAAAGAAUCUAAUGAAGAGGUUACACAUUCAGGAAAUGUUCUUACCCAGAUUGAGUUGGUCAGUGUUGCAACAUCUCACAAGAACUGCAACUUGGGUGAAGGUCAAGAAAAAUUUAAAGAUUCCAUUGCCAGUGAUACGGUACUGAAUUCUGCAAAGGAAGUUCCUGCAUUGUUCCAUUCUACAGGUAUAUCUAGAACUGAACCCUCAGCAGACACUCCAUUGGAAUAUUCACCAUUAAAGCCAGUAUGUGAUAUUAUGGAUCCAUCCCUGAAGUGCCAAAGUAUCCCGACAAACAAUACUGAAAAUAGAGGCCUGACAGAGAAGUCAGAACAUUCUCCGGAUGAUUAUAAUUUGGAGACGAAGAGGAAAAGAAACGAUGGUAUAAAAGGUACAGUUCUAAAUAGUGGUUCUAAAGUUCCAUCCUAUAUAGAGGGACUGUUAUGUCUUUUGGAACAGGCCAUUGACAGUGGCAGGGCACUUGUUCUGAGUGAAGAUGAGCUUGUUGAUUCAGAUCUGGUCUAUGAAAAGUCUGUUGCUUUUACAAAAUCAAUUCCACGAAGCCUGGUUUUCGAGCAUACUCAAAGGAAGUCCAGUGCCAGGAGAAAUGGGCCAGACAAUCAUGCAAGUGUUAAAAAACAUCUUGUAGAAAAUAAACUGUCCAGCAGUCAUGUUGAAAAGAAAUGUAUCGCUAAUGGAGGAUCUGCAGUGCAGACAAAUGACCAUGCACAAGAGUUUCUAUCUGAUGUUGUUCCUCAAGGUACCUUAAGAGUAGAUGAACUAGCAAAGUUACUAGCUUAG